UUUCUACCAGGAGAAGGACAGGACCUAGCCUCAAGCAAACCAGGAAAACUGGGCUUCCUGUCUCCUUCUGCCCUGGGACUCCUUGCCUUUGUAGGAUGUGGCCUCAGCUGUGGCCCGUCUGAAGGACCCUUGUGCAUUGCUCAGAGACCUUUCCUCCUGCACCCACUUGGCUUUCAACAAGCUGCAGGGACGGCCCCCCGCCUCCUGCGUGUGCACCUGUCGAAGUCUGCCUAUUGCCAUGAAGCCAACUUCUCAAAAGUCUUUGUGAACCUUGGGCUCCCGAAUUUCCAAGACUAUCAAAGGUCCUGAGCUCCGUCCCCGGCUCAUGGCAGGCCUUGCGACCCUGGGGGCUGGCCUCCUGCUCCUGACCCUGUGUGCCCACUGCAUCGCCCCUGCAGGCUCCGCACCCGUCCCCUCCUCCUGCUGCAUGUCCUUCAUUUCCAAGAAAGUUCCUGAGAACCGAGUGGUGAGCUACCAGCUGUCCAGUGCGAGCGUCUGCCCUAUGGCAGGAGUGAUCUUCACCACCAGGAAGGGUCAGAAGUUCUGCGGGGACCCCAAGGAGCACUGGGUCCAGACGUACAUGACGAAGCUGGACACCAGGCGGAAGAAGGCAUCCCGUGGGGUCCGGGCAAUGACCGCCAAAGCCCCAGUGCGGGGGAAGCCAGCCAACACCACCGCCAUCUAGCGCCGCCUGGCCCUCCACCUGGGGUCCAUGAGCCAACGAUGAGAGGCGGGGAGCGAAUGUUCCGGUUUCCUAACAUCAGCCUAUAAGAGCCCAAGGCUGGGGAGGCCUGCCCCGAGGGUGCUGAGUAACCGCUCCAAGGGUCCUGGGCCCCUUGCCUUCCCCGAGCUGCAGGAGAAGAUUCUGGAAGGAAGGGGGUGGUGGCCAAUUGUCCUUCUCCUGGGCUGGGGCCAGCCCUUCUCUGCCCUCCAGGUUCCAUCUGAACCCAGGGGCCUGAGGCCUGACCUGCAGACACACUCGACUGGCCACCUAAAAACUUAACCUGUAGUUGGCUUCUGUGGGUCCUCGGGGCCUGCAGUGGGACCCUGUGAGCUGACCAUCUGUCUGUCUGGGUACAGGGGACCUGUUGACAGCUGAAGCUCAUGGCAUUGCCAAUGUCCCACUUCCAGAAUCCUGGAAGAAUAAAAAAUCUGAGAAAAAUGCGGCUCCUUUGCCGCAGGAACUGCCAGACCCCAGCCUUCCUGGCACACGUCUCGUGGGCUAAACGGAAUGACAUUUUUAGGGACUCAUCGUUUUUUGUUGUUUUUUUUUUUGUAAUAAAAAAACGAUGAGUUUUUUUUUAUUGGUCUGGAGAACCAAGCUGAGGGGCCGGCCUGGGUAGUUUAAAUCCUUGGGGAAGAAAGAGGGUUUGGAAGAGACGGUCCACUUUGUGGCAUGACCUGUUCCCGUACUCCUUUGGGGACAAAGACCCGGUGUGCCUUUGAAGGUGAUCUUUCCCUACAUUUGGGGGAUGGGAAGGUGGAGUGGGCACUGUAGAGGGAGAGGAUUCCAGGGCUUUAAAGAAAUUUUGUUUCCCUGUAUAUGAGAUAGCAUGUGAUGUAGAGGCGUGGAAACACUUGCUCCUCUCAAAUAACGAUCCAAGUAAAAUGUGAUUUCCCUUUGAA